CUUAGGCUACUCAUAGAAAAAGGGGCGUCGGUGCAUGUGCGGGACUCCCGUAAUAACACGCUGCUUCACCGUGCGAGCUCAUAUAACCACGUGGAGGUAGUCAAAUUGUUAAUCGAAGCGGGAAGCGACGUUAAUGCGCGUGGCCGCGAUCAGAAUACUCCCCUACACCUGGCGGCUCGCCUCGGCAAUGGUGGCGUCGCAAGCGCCCGGGUGCUGCUGAGAGCUGGCGCCGAGGUGAACGCUGAAAACAAUAUUGGCGACACGCCGCUUUUUGGCUCACUCAGCGCUUGGGAAUGUAACUCGCGUUGCUUCCGCGUCUGGCCGAUUCUCUUGCGUGCCGGUGCCAAUCUCCCCGCCGACCCGGACCAGUUCCAGACGUUUCUUGCCAGCGGUUAUAUCCGGGGAGUGAUCGACGCGGGCGGCUGGGCAAACUACGAACGCCACCACCUCGACAAGCUCACCGCGAUGCUCACGCCGAAGGAUGAUGGCCGCCGCCGCUCGCCCCGCCGCCUGUCGCCGCUCCGUCGCGUCCCGCCCGAGGUCCUC